UCAAAAGCAGAGAAAACUUUCAGUUUGUCGUCAGAAACGGUUUCAGAGUGUUAGGAAGAAAUCACUUUGCAAAGACUUGAUGUUUUUAUAUUUAAGAAGAUGAAGCUUUUUGCUGUAUUUUUGAUACUUCUUUACGGAGAAUAUGCUGAUGGGAAAGAAACAGUUGUGCUUCCAUGCCGCUAUUCAGGUGCUAUACCAGAGGUAAACCCCUCAGUUAUCUGGAGCCGCAAUGAUCUCAAUCCACAAACUAUCCAUCUGCGGGGAGAAAAAGACGACGAUCUUCGUGGACAAAAUCAAGACUUUGUUGGACGAACAUCAAUGAAAUCUGAUGCUUUAGACUCUGGUGACUUCAGCCUCACGCUGAGUAAACCUCGUUUCUCUGACCAUGGUAUUUACACCUGCAGCAUCAGUGAUGACAGAGAGAAAUUAAAACUGACAGAUGUUCAACUGGAGGUCAAAGAACAACAGGAAGAAGUAACAGUGCAGGAGGGAGAAGAGUCUGCAGUUCUGCCCUGUAAAACAACAGCUCAUCUGGAGGAAGACGACACUGUGGAGUGGACCCGAUCUGAACCAGAAUUCAUGAUUCUCCAUGUGUAUCAGAAUGGCAGCAACAAAGCUAAAGAACAAGACCAGUUUUCCUUUGAUCGUACAAGAAUGAAUAAAGAGAAAGUAAAACAUGGAGACCUCAGUCUGACCCUCAUAAACCCCAAAGAGAGAGAUAGUGGAGUCUACAUCUGCACCAUCUACAGGAAAAGUGACAUCAUCAGACAGAAAGUGAUUCUUCGUUUUGUCAAAGGUCAGUGGUGCAGAUACACAUCACAAGGGUAAAAAUUUCUGAUCCAUUUCAC